GCGCCGAGGCGCCACAGGUAGAGACAGGGCGAUGGCUGGGCGUGGCUGUCACGAAGCCGCCGGAAGCGCAUUCUUUCUUUUCCGGUCGGGCCAGGUCCACAGACCUCGACCCCAAAAUGGCGAGUCGGGGUACGGUCUCGGGGAGCUAGAGCGAUCGACUGGGGGACUGGUCCUCCAAGCCCCCCCGCGCUCCGGAGCUCGGAGCCGCCCUCGCCAGGCCCGCAGGGGCGCGGGAAGCGGGCGCUUCCUCCCCAGCGCGGCGGGGAGGCGUGGCGACGUCGCGGCCCCAGUCGAGGAAGAGGGAAGUGGCGCCCGCGGAAGCCCGGACUGGGCGGAGUGCCCUUGGGGAGAAGAUCCACUCAUUGGUUUUAUACCAAACCUGACAAAGCCUCGGUUGUCAAAGGUGGCACCAGGAGGAUGUCACACAUAGGAGUAAAACUAUUCCUAGAGCAAAUGAUGAUGAGACAUCUGGAAGUGAAUGCAUGCUUGUACCCACACAUGGAGGCUUUGUGGGGGACUAAGGGGUCGGCGAAAGAGAGCUCCGGUGAGAGUAAGAAAUCCAGCCCGCGAACCGACAGUCUUGGUCCUGAGAGCGCUCGACAGCACUUUCGGAGCUUCUAUUAUCACGAAGCACCUGGACCUCUGGAGGCUGUCAGUCAACUUCAGGAAUUAUGCCAGCAGUGGCUGAGGCCCGAGAUCCACUCGAAAGAGCAGAUCUUGGAACUGCUGGUGCUUGAGCAGUUCCUGACUAUUCUGCCCAGGGACACCCAGAACUGGGUGCAGAAGUAUCGUCCACAGAGCGUCAGAGAGGCUGUGGCCCUGGUAGAGCGCUUUCAGAGAGAGCCUAGUGGAAUAAGUGAUGAGGUCACAGCCCAUGAGCUGGGAAAGGAGGCAGUGCCCUUGGGAGGAACAGCAGUGGCCCCAGGCUUUAAGUGGAAGCCCGCAGAGCCCCAACCAAUGGGUAUGUUCCAGAAAGAAUGUUGGAAUACAUACCGGGUACUACAGGAAGAGCUGGGCUGGAAAACUCACAAAGAAACCCAGCCUGUAUGUGAAAGAGCUGGGCCUGCUCAACAGAUUCUAGCCUUUUCUGAGCAGAAAAGCACCCCAAACUGGAAGAUGGCGUCUGAGCUCAUCUUGCCUGAGUUCCAGAGCCUGUUGACAUUUGAGGAUGUGGCGGUGUCUUUCUCUGAGGAAGAAUGGCGGUUACUGGACCCUACUCAGAAGAGCCUUUACAAUGACGUAAUGCAGGAGAACUACGAGACUGUUGUCUCUCUAGGCGGAUCCCCAUUUCCCACCCCGUUCCUCCUGCCCUCCUGAGGCUUCCUUCUCCGCUUGGUCCUUGCAUCUCCGCCCACGACCACAGACUAGAAAGAAGGUGCCUUAAGAUUCUGCCCAUUUAGACAUUCGGAGUAAAUGAAAGUAUGAAAGAGUCAUUCCCUCUUCUUGCAAAGAGUCUGGAAUUAAGAUGGCAGCCAUGACCCCAGAGCAUCUUUGUUACCCCCAACCCUGAAGUAAUCUGCUUAGAACUAGGAGGAGAACAAUAGAUCCAAGGUCCCCAAGAGUUCGAGGACAGCCUUGGAGAGUCUCCUACAGGUAAGUAUGUACACAGGGAGAAGAGAAAUGUUCCUUGAUGAGAACUGUUACAGAGGAUUGACACUCCAGGAUUCUAUUCCUAUGUUUUUCCUAUGUUUUUCUUACCGAACUUCUUACUGAGAUAACUGUAGAUUCACAUGCAGAUUUAAAAUAAAUACAAAGAGCACCUGUAUACAUUUCACCCAGCUCCCCUCAAUGAUAACUUCUGUGAAAAGUAUCAUAUAAUGUCACAACCAGGCUGUUGAUACUGAUGGUCUUGUGACCUUUAUAUUUUCCAUUUUAUUUUUCUGUCUGUGUAAUUAGUUCUAUAAAGUUUUUUUUAAACGAUCUAUUUAUUUAUUCUAAUGAGGGAGAGAGUGUGUGCGUGCAGGGGAAGGGGCAGAGGGACAGAUUGUCCAGCAGACUUCCCACUGAGUGGGGCCUACGACACUGGGCUCAAUCUCAUGACCAUGAGAUCAUGACCUGAGGUGAAAUCAAGAGUCAGAGGCUUAACUGACAGCCCUCCCAGGGCUCCUAGUUCUGUAAAGUUUCAUUGCAAGUGUAGGUUUGCAUAUGCACCUCUGCAGUCAAGAUACUAGAUAGUUGGGGCUCCUGGGUGGCUCAGUGGGUUAAAGCCUCUGCCUUUGGCUCAGGUCAUGAUCCCAGGGUCCUGGGAUCGAGCCCCGCAUCAGGCUGUCUGCUCCGCGGAGGGCCUGCUUCCUCCUCUCUCUCUGUCUGCCUGCCUCUCUGCCUACUUGUGAUCUCUGUCUGUCAAAUAAAUAAAUAAAAUCUUUUAAAAAAAUUUUAAAAAAAGAUACUGGAUAGUUACUUGACCGCAGGGACCUUUGUUUUGCCCUUUUAUCAUCACACGCUUGUCCUCUGUACCUCACCCCAUCACUGGCCCAUGUCAACCACUGAUCUGUUUUACAUUUCUGAAAUCUUGCCGUUUCAAAAGUGUUACAUGAAUAAAACCAUCAAAUGUGUAAUCCUUUGGCAUUAACUUUUUUCAUUCAGAGUAAGUCCCUGGAAAUUGAUCUGAAUUGUUGUGUACCAAAAGUUGAUUUGUUUGUUUGUUUGUUUGUUUUUUUAAUACUGAGUAGCAUGGCAUGAUACGGAGAGACCAGUUUGUAUAUCCAUGAACCACUGAAAGAUCUUUGCUGUCUUCAGUUUUGGGCUAGCAUGAGUAAAGCUGUCCUAAGCGUUUGUGUGCAGAAUUUUUUUUUUUAGAGAUACGUUUUUAUUUCUCCGGAGUAAAUCCCUUAAGAGUGCAAUUGCUAGCUCAUAUGGUAACAUGUUUAAUUUCCUAAGCACUUGCCAAACUGUCCUCUGCAAUGACUGUACCAUUCCCCAAUCCCAGCAGCAGAGGACGAGUGGUCCCAUUUUUCCACGUCCUUGCCAGUGUUUAUAUUACCUCCAUUUUAUGUUCGCCAUUCUGAUCGGCCUGUGGAGUUACCUUGUGGUGAUUUGGAUUUACAUUUCCCUAAUGGCCAGUGAUGUUCUAUAGCUUUUCCUGUGCUUAUUGGCCAUCUCUGUUUUCCGUCAGUGAAGUAUCUUUUACCCAUAUUUUAAUUGGAUUGUUUUUUAACCCUUGAGUAUUGAGAGUUUCUGUAUUCCAGAUUCUAGCUCUUUGUUGAA